UCUCCCCAGUGGCCCAUAUGGCUCACAAACGUUUAGACGGGCACAGGCUGGUGCACAUGGAGGCGACGGAGUUUACCUUGAGCCCGGCGGGGGAGUCGGUAGUGCCGACAUGUAUGUUCGCGCCUGACCCGGGCUGCGCGGAGGAUCUGGCCGGCACUGAGAGCAGUGAGACCGGCGAGAACCAGAAUGGAGACGCCGAGGAUCGCUUAGACCUCACCAGCAAGCUGGCACUGGUAAGCCCUACUGGAGAACAGUAUGAAUGUUUACUCAAGCAGCUACGAGAACGAAUUGCAGAAGGCUGUGGAGAGACCAUCUAUGUGGUCGGAAUGGGGACAGAUGGUGGUGAUUAUGGUCUGGAUGAGAGGGAUAUGGAAGCAGCUGUUGCUACGGUGCGGUCGCUAUGUGAACAGGCAGACGCUGAUCUGAUUCUCCUGCGAGAGAGAGCGGAAACGGAGGGACGAGUCCGGGAUUACCUUAUCCGGCGCCGAGUGGGAGAAGCCGACUUCCUGGAAGUUAGAGUGGCGGUUGUUGGUAACGUAGAUGCUGGUAAAAGUACACUCUUGGGUGUCCUUACUCAUGGUGAACUCGACAACGGUCGUGGAUUCGCAAGACAAAAGCUCUUCCGACACAAACACGAGAUGGAGAGCGGUCGCACCAGCAGUGUCGGAAAUGACAUUCUGGGCUUCGACCAGGAUGGGCAGGUGGUCAACAAACCGGAUAGUCACGGGGGCAGUCUGGACUGGACCAAGAUCUGUGAGAGGUCAUCAAAAGUGAUCACCUUUAUUGAUCUGGCAGGGCAUGAGAAAUACCUGAAGACCACUGUGUUCGGCAUGACUGGGCACCUACCAGACUUCUGCAUGCUUAUGGUGGGCAGUAAUGCAGGAAUCGUUGGCAUGACCAAAGAGCACCUGGGUCUCGCUCUGGCCCUCAACGUUCCUGUCUUUGUAGUCGUCACUAAGAUAGACAUGUGUCCAGCUAACAUCUUACAAGAGACAUUAACGUUAUUACAGAGGUUACUCAAGUCUCCGGGAUGCAGAAAAAUUCCAGUUUUGGUACAAAGCAAAGAUGAUGUCAUCAUUACAGCCUCAAACUUUAGUUCAGAGCGGAUGUGCCCAAUUUUCCAGAUCUCUAAUGUAACAGGUGAAAACAUGGACCUGUUGAAAAUGUUCUUGAAUCUGCUGUCCUCCAGAACAACGUUUAAAGAUGACGAACCUCCAGAAUUUCAGAUUGAUGAAACAUAUUCAGUACCUGGUGUAGGCACUAUCGUAUCUGGGACUACUUUACGUGGAUUAAUAUGCCUUAACGACACGCUGCUCCUCGGUCCCGAUCCUCUGGGUGCUUUCAUCCCCAUCAUGGUCAAAUCCAUCCACCGCAAGCGAAUGCCUGUGAAAGAAGUGCGUGGUGGGCAGACGGCCUCGUUCGCACUGAAGAAGAUCAAGCGUUCGUCUAUUAGGAAGGGGAUGGUGAUGGUGUCACCCCGUCUCAAUCCAUUGGCAUGCUGGGAGUUUGAGGCUGAGAUUCUGGUGCUGCACCAUCCGACUACGAUAGCGCCGAGAUACCAAGCUAUGGUUCACUGUGGCAGUAUCAGACAGACCGCCACCAUAAUCGGCAUGAACAAAGACUGUUUACGGACGGGCGACAAAGCCACUGUGCACUUUCGUUUUAUUAAGACCCCUGAGUACCUUCACUUGGAGCAGAGACUCGUCUUCAGGGAGGGCAGGACCAAGGCUGUGGGCACCAUCACUAAGCUGCUUCAAACCAAGCCUCAGGCCAAGAUGCAGUCUACCAAGAAAGCUUCAUCACAGGUGGAGGGCUCUUUGGCAGCCAGCGAGAAUGCUGCACAGAUGGGAGGAAGCCCUCAAACAGGACAACCGGUGAGAGGAAGAGCCAGAAUUCUCAACAACAAUUUGUUUGAUUCAAAGUCUGGAGCGAGUGGUAGACGGCGUGGUGGUCAACGGCACAAAGGCAAACCAGCUGUAAGCACCGCCACUGGGACGACAUCAGCUGCUGGAGUGGGCGACAACUGAGCGAACGCCCCUCAUGCUCAUCCUCCAUAAUCUGCCUUGAAUUCUCUUCUCGCUCUCUGCCACCAAUAUUGGUCAUCCGUCUGCCCUGAACUUUUGAAAGCGACCACCAGAGGGCAGCAAAGCUUUUUGUUUACCUUAACUUUCUUUUUCCCUCCUUUUUUUCCUGUCCUCUGAUUUGUUUUUGCUCUCACUAUCAUAAAACCCACACAUGAAUCUGGACUGAGCAAUUUCUCUCCCUACACAUGCUAAUUAGAAAUGUUAAUCUCCGCUGUCAUACGUACUAGUGCCAAAACCCCGACUGACAAGCAUUUCUUGUGUUUCUUCACUGAGAAGCUUGUUCUCUUGCUGUAUAAUCACCCUAAUGAAACCUGUAUUAUUUUUUGUUAUUGUUUUGUGAACUAUCCCUUUAACAUCCCGUAAUAAACACCCUAAAAAACUCAAUUUUGCAGCCAAGAUGUUUCCUAAAGGACCCAAUUAAGCAGCCCUCAAAUGAAUCCCUGUUUGUGUUCAGCGAUUUUCUUAUUUCUCACGUCAUUUUCGUCCUCCAGUUGAAUUUGGCAAAUGCUGUCGCAGAUGAAAGGGAGAAAUCUGUUCUGCUUGUCAAUCUUUCAUGCCCCCUCAUCCUCCCCUGAUUUUAAUGAGCAUCGUAGCUGCCUAGACACACAAAAUCAGAGCGGUCCCUCAGAGUGUCACAAAGUAGGUGCCUUUUGGCUCUUGUGUGUUGCUUUUUUAUUUCGUGACCAAGCAUUACUUUCAGAAGGUCUCACCUUUUCAAUGGAGAUCUAUUUUUUCAUAUAUUACAGUGAGGAUAAAACGAAGCAAACUAAGCUGAUAGUGGCAUUUAACUCUGUUUGCUAUUUUCUCUUCUUCACAAAACCGUUUUUUUCUUCUGUGUAUUCUUAUUUAUUUUAGAUUUGUUUUUUUUUAACAGAUUGACCUUUGUUAGAAACUUUUGACUCAAACCAAAGUGAGAGUAUAGUUCACACCUCAAAACAUGUUCAAUACGAAUCUUGAUUGAAAUAUUGUUCCCAUGAUUACGUUUUGUGUUGUUCUAGGUUCCCUGUUGUAAUGAAACUAGCAGAAUGUAACUUUAGUCAAAUCUUGUCCACACAAAUUGGCAGUCUCCCUAUAGACCAAAUUUGUUUUGCUGGUUUAUAUUACAUUGAAAGUCAAUUCUAUAACAAAAAUUGCUUUCGUUUGUAGUUUUCAUAGGUCUCAUGUCUAAAGACGGUUCAGUCAGUAUUGGUUCUCGUUCUUGAAUUGUUUUGUUCGCCGUGAAAGUUAGAUGCAAACCAACUUUUGGAUUGUCUGUACUAUCAGAGACGUUGAAAUAGGUUUAAGUUCAACUAGACACAGCCAAGCAGAUUUGAACCUCAAUAAACAUUUAUUUUUUACAUUUGAUUUGUGCAAUUCUAGUCUGGACAAUGUGGUAAAGACCACAUGGUAGAUGUUGUGCCAAAUAAAGUUUUUUAAAUUCCAUUAUUUUUUAAAAUAUUAUAAACAGGAAACUUGAAAGGUAAUAAAAUCAGACAGAAAUAUCGACCCUGCCCCCGCACGCCAGAAUGAGGUAUGAUUUUUAUAUGCAUUUUAUUUGGAUUUUAGUUUCUUAUUUUCUUUUAGUGCAUGGUUGUAUUUUUUGCAGGACAAAACUGUCUGUACAUUAUGUACAAAAGAAGAAAAAAAGAUGGAAUUGUGUUAUCAUUCAUUUUCAACCAAAUAAAAGUUGCACAAAAA